GAGUUAGUUCUAUUCUUCAAAUUAGGUGAAGGUGGCCUCUGUGAUGAUCAUGGGUUUUUGAUUCAACUUGGUAUUUUGUGGUAUUCUUCGGAAUUGAACUCGCGUUAUAUUCAAUGCUACUGGUAGUCUUCUAGUUUUAAGGCUUCCCUGCACAGCAACAAGUCUAGCUGAUUAUAUUGCAGAAGAAGAUUGCUCCCCCAUGGCUUUAUUUUGAUUCUCUCGGGGCUGCCAUGUAUAAAUGAUGUUUCAUGCUCAAGGUCCUUCAAAGCAUACUUGUGGUCUCCUUGCAGUUUUCUGUGGAAAGGUCCCCGAUUAUAAACAGGAGGAGGAGACUUCAGUGGAUAGCCCAAAAUACCCUUUUCCAGACCUUGUUUCUUCCGGGCGACUAGAGGUUCAAACGCUAACAAAUCCUACAACUGAUGAGUUCCAGCGAGUUCUUGAUUCAUUUGAGCCAAGUUUUGUUUACUUGCAAGGAGAGAAGCUUUCCAAUGAGGAAGAAAUAGGUCCUUUGGUAUGGUGUGGCGUUGACUUGUCAAGUCCUGAAGCUAUAUCUGCGUUGUUUGGUCCGAUAUUACCUACUACUGUUUAUUUGGAGAUCCCGAAUGGAGAAAAAUUGGCAGAGGCACUUUACUCUAAGGGUGUUCCUUAUGUGAUAUAUUGGAAGAAUGCAUUUUCUUGUUAUGCUGCCUGCCAUUUUCACCAAGCUCUGUUUUCAGUGGUACAGAGUUCUUGUAGUCAUACAUGGGAUGCAUUCCAGCUUGCACAUGCAUCCUUUAGGCUCUAUUGUGUACGAAACAACCAGGUCUUGCCAGCUAACAGCCACAAGGUUAGUGGUAAGUUGGGUCCUCGCCUACUUGGGGACCCUCCUAAAAUCAAUAUUGCUCCUCUUGAAAAAGAUGAAGCAGAAGAAGAGGAAGGUUCGCCUGGUUCUCUCCCUUCUAUAAAAAUAUAUGAUGAUGAUGUGAGCGUGAGGUUUCUUGUUUGUGGAUUGCCAUGCACAUUGGAUGCUUUCUUAUUAGGAUCUUUGGAAGAUGGCCUCAAUGCUCUAUUGAGCAUUGAAAUGCGGGGGAGCAAACUUCAUAAUCGGGUUAGUGCCCCUCCACCCCCUCUUCAGGCUGGGACAUUUUCUCGUGGUGUUGUGACUAUGCGAUGUGAUAUAUCUACCUGCAGUUCUGCUCACAUAUCACUUUUAGUCUCUGGUAGUGCACAGACUUGUUUUGAUGAUCAGCUUUUGGAGAAUCAUAUAAAGAAUGAGAUUAUUGAAAAAAGUCAACUAGUCCACGCUUUGCCUAGCUGUGAGGAAAACAAGCCACCUAUCUCUGAGCCUUGGACCUCUGCAUCAGUAGCUUGUGGGGCCACUGUAUUUGAAGUUUGCAUGAAGGUCCCAGCAUGGGCUUCACAGGUUUUGAGGCAGUUGGCACCAGAAGUUUCUUAUCGUAGCUUGGUGACACUUGGCAUAGCUAGCAUUCAAGGGUUAUCUGUUGCUUCUUUUGAGAAAGAUGAUGCUGAGCGCCUCCUCUUCUUCUGUACAAGGCAAGGGAAAGAUCUCCAUCCUAACAACUCAAGUCCUUGUAGUCCUCCAAGAUGGUUAAGACCACCAGCACCUGGCCAGAAGAGAGCUGAACCAUGCCAAGGAGCAAUAGAUGUCAUCCAUAGUGGAUUGAUUGCUAAAAAUGGAGCGACUUUCUCCAAAUUAAUAGAUGAUGAAAAGAAGGAAUCCAGAUCAAGAGAUGAGGUCAGCAUGCCCUUAGUACCUGUUAGACAAAAACUGAAAGUUGCUGCAAUGAGGCCUAUUCCUCAUGCUCAUCAGCACAAGAUGCUUCCCUUUUCGGGUAUUCCGGAGGCAGAUGGGAAUGAUGGAGGACAACCAAAAAUUAACUUAUCAAUCAUUUCCUCCACAAAGCAUAAUUCUGCAGGGCCCACACCUACCACACAUCGAAAAUCAUUUUCAAGUUCAUAUCAAGCACAGCAGAUUAUUUCAUUGAAUCCCUUACCCCUGAGGAAACAUGGCUGUGGAAGGUGUCCAAUUCAGGUCUGCUCUGAGGAGGAAUUUUUGAGGGAUGUCAUGCAGUUUCUAGUCCUUCGCGGUCAUACCCGUCUUGUCCCUCAAGGUGGGUUAGCAGAAUUCCCAGAGGCUAUACUCAAUGCAAAGCGUCUUGAUCUCUAUAACUUGUAUCGAGAGGUGGUUUCAAGAGGAGGCUUUCAUGUUGGGAAUGGCAUCAACUGGAAAGGCCAGGUCUUCUCAAAGAUGCGCAAUCACACACUGACCAAUAGAAUGACAGGUGUUGGGAAUACUCUAAAAAGGCAUUAUGAGACGUAUCUGUUAGAAUAUGAGCUGGCUCAUGAUGAUGUAGAUGGAGAAUGCUGCUUGUUGUGUCACAGUAGUGCAGCAGGUGAUUGGGUGAACUGUGGCAUAUGCGGCGAGUGGGCCCACUUUGGCUGUGAUAGACGGCAGGGCCUUGGUGCUUUUAAGGAUUAUGCAAAAACGGAUGGGCUGGAGUACAUUUGUCCUCAUUGCAGCAUAACAAAUUUCAGGAGGAAACCACAGAAAAUUGCAAAUGGAUUUGCCCUGGGGUAAAAAGUUUCAAUGCCUAUGUAAUCUUCUUUCUUCUAGUCUCUUUUAUUUUUAGUCAUGUUGUUAGGCAUAAGAGAAAAGCCCCUAUUUGUUUUGGGGUCACUUGUAUUAUAUUAUUAUCCUUCCAUUGUCGUAUCAUCAUAGGUGGUUUCAAGA